AUGGCCACCUUUGCCGAGUGCGCGGCAAUUUUCCCGACCGCCGGCGGUGCCUACCACUAUGCCCUGUUCUUGCUCCCUGAAAAGCAUAGGCGCAAAGCCGGAUACCCGUUGGGCUGGCUCAAUUUCUUUGGCUGGGUCCUCACCAUUGCCGCCUGCGCAUCCAUCGCUGCCGGCCUGACCAUGUCCUUGAUCAACAUGUGCAAUCCUGACUUUGACACCUCAAGGCGAUGGCAGCUCUUCCUGUUCUACAUCCUUUGGUCUGUUGUUGCAUGGGCCAUCAACUGCUUCAUGCUGUCGGCGGUAGCCUGGAUUGAGAAUGUCAUUGUCAUUAUGAACAUUGCUUCCUUUGUCGCGUUCUCCAUUGCUCUCCUUGCCAUCAGCGACAAGGCCAGCCCAUCCUUCGUCUUCCGCGAUGUCAUCGAUGCAACCGGUGCAUCGAUUGCCGUCGCCUUGGGCUUGGUAAACUGCAUGGGGGGCUUUGCUGCCUUGGAUGCAGCAUGCCAUCUGUCAGAGGAGAUUGAACGGCCUGAGCGAAAUGUCCCUAUCACUCUGUACUUUUUGAUCGGCAGCCAGUUCUUGAUCGGUGUCAUUUAUAUUCUCGUGCUUGGGUUUUCCAUCAAAGACAUGGAAGCGAUCCAGAACUCGGUCACAGGAGUCCCCGUCAUCGAACUUGUUCGACUUGGGCUAAAGAGUGAUGCCGCUGCCAUCGUCUUCAACCUGGUCUUGCUCAUUGGGUUCGUUGGAUCUACUCUCGGAUCCAUGACUGCCGCCAGCAGGCAGGGCUACGCGCUCGCACGAGACGGCGGCCUAUUCACAAGGAAGCUGACCCAAGUGUCGGGCCGGAACACUCUUCCACUCUACUCUCUCCAUCUUUGUCUAUUGCUAUGCAUUGUAUUCGGACUCGUUUACCUGUUCUCGACCGAGGGCUUCAAUGCCAUCCUGGGGGCCGAGGUGUCCUUUAUGUUUCUUAGUUUUGGCUCUCCCUCGGCAGUUUUGCUCAUCUUUGGACGGGACAAGCUGCCAAAAACCCGUUUCAGCCUUGGAAAAUGGGGCUACGGAAUCAACGCAUUCGUAAUUUUCUUUGUUGGUAUCGCUCUGGUUUUGUUCGCCAUAAGUGGUAGAUGCGCGGUGUUGGUAUGUGAGCCAGUGACUGACCAGCUCUUGCAGAUUCCACAGAAACACCCUGUCAACGCCGAGAAUAUGAACUACACUGUCCUUCUGUGGGGAGCCGUUGUAAUCCUCUGCAUCCUGGGCUGGUUCAUAGAUGCUCGAAAGUCAUACGAGCCAACCUCGUUCCAGGAACUUGCUGAGGCAUCUUCAUUCUUGCAGACAAGAACUGAGUAG